AUGCCGAAAAGUUUGGCCAAGGUACAGAAGAAAGUCGCCAAGAAGAAGGGGAACUCUACCAGUUUGCACGAAAAUAGCAGAGAUGCUCAAAAACUAAGGAGGGCAGGCGCCAGAUCUGAGAAGCUGGAUAAGCUCGCAGCAGCGAGAGCGAAGGCAAACCAACCUCAUUUGAAAAGAGUGGCCUACUUCCAGGGAGCAGCAAGAGCAGCUACUGCACCCCUAGAGGCGGAGAAACUCCAUGGUCUCGUUAAGGGAUUUCUUGGUCGUCACGACGAAGAGCUUGCAGAAAUUAAGAGCCAGCGAAGACCCGGCCGACCUUCCAGUACUCGAGAAGACCUACUACAGCAGUUCAUGAUGACGGAGGACCAAGAAUAUAAUGGAGGAUUUUGGAUUCCAGACAUGCAAGAUGAGGGGAAUCUUAGGAUACUGCGCGAAUGGAACGGACAGUAUACUGCACUAAAUACGUUCAAGUAUGUUAGGCUGUCGAGAAACGGCACAAUGCGGAAAUCAAGCUUCCCUCCGAAGGGCCUUUCCUGA